UGCUACAGGGAAUAAUGCCGGUGGUUCUUCAACAAACACCGCUACUGCUCAACAACAACAUCAAAAUUCAAGUUCCUCACGUGAUUAUUCUGGAAUAGGUCAGCCAAUGUCUAAUCAUGUGCGUGAGUUGCCAACAUUAAACAUACAUUUAACUUCUCCGGCGGCGGCAGUUGCUCUUGGUUUAAUGUAUUUAAGAACUAGAGAUGAAUGGAUAUACGAAGCACUUUCUGUGAAAGAUUCUUUCUAUGAAAUCGAUAAAAUUCGUCCUGACAUGCUUAUGAUACGCACAUUUUGCCGUUGUCUAGUCAAAUUUGAUGAUAUUCAGGCAACAAAGCAAUGGACUGAAAAGCAGAUUCCUGAAAUUGUACGAAGAUAUUCGCAACAUUUUGUCGAGGCACAAACACUUAAAGAUAUUUGGUGGGAGGAAUUUAUCGAUGUUGAGACAAUAUCUAAAGUCCAUUUUUAUUGUACUGCUGGAGCUUUAUUGGCUUUAUCACUCCGAUUUGCUUCUAGUUGUCAGAAGGACGCUCUUUCUUUAAUUCAUCAAUUAUACGAGCGAAUUUCAUCAACCGACCUUAAUCGAAAGAAAGUAGAUGAACUCAGCUGGGCAGGAUUUGCCUUACGAGCGGGUCGAAAUUGUCUUCGAACAUGCACAAAUGUUUGUGCACUUGCCAUGGGAUUAUUAAUGGCAGGGAGUGGUGAUUUGCAAACUACGAGAAUUUUACGCAAAAUUAGAAAUAUUCUUCCAUCAUUUGAAGAUACAAAUAUAAAAAACAAAACUUCGGCAAAUUGUAUUCCUCCAAAAGAUAGUUCUGUUCAUAGUUUACAUGUUAGUACAAAUAUGGCUCUAGGAUUAUUAUAUUUUGGUUAUGGAAGGUAUCGUCUAUCAGAUUCUAAUUUGUCUAUAGCAGCACUCGUUCUCUCAUUAUUUCCAUUAUUUCCACAUUCAAUUACUGAUAAUCGUUUUUAUUUUCAACCUCUCCGUUUUUUAUGGAUUUUAGCUGCACAAAAGAAUUCUCAACCAAAAUGUUUAAGAAAAUUAAGUAAAAGAAGAAAAAUUAGAAGAAUACUAAUAAAUGAAGAAGAAAAAGAUUUUGAAGGAGAAGAUGAACAAGAAAUGAUAACUGUUGAAUGCCCAAGAUGUGGACGUAUAGAAAUAACAAAAAAUGAAAGAUUCUCCUCAUUGUGAUUUCUCAUUAUUUUCACUUUUUUAAGCCUUAUGUGAGCAUGUAUUAUUUUAGA